AUGGCGUCGAUGUUUGCUAGUUCGUCAGGAGCUCCUGCGCCAGUGAUGCAGCCAACUCUACCCAUUGAAAUGGAGCGCUCUGGGCCCGAGGAGGAGAAAACUAAGCAGCCGAAAAGAGUUUCGUUUGCGCAGUUUGAUCCCAUGGCUCAACAACAGUUAAAUUCUAUGUUUAUGAGUCCCAUGAUGCAGGAACUGGAAGCACAAGUAAAAGUCAAUACAGAUAUCUUGGACAGGAUGAACAAACAACUGGAGGAGGAAAGAAAAGCAAGAAUUAAAGCAAAAGAGACAGCACAUAUUCCAGAGGCACUCAAGGGAAAUGGCCAGGAAAUGACUUCCAUAAUGAAGACGGUAGAAGAUCUGAUAUUGAUGGGAGAAGAAGUUUCCGAGGAGGAGGAUGAAGAGGGGGAAGGUGGUGAUGUAGAAGAAGGACAAGAGGGAGAUGAUGAGGAAGAUAAUGAGGAGGAGGAGGAAGAAGAUGAAGAGGAUGUAGAAUACAGGAGGAGAACACCAUUGAAUAAGUUACAGAUCCUGGAUUCCCACAGUAAGGCAGCACUGACGGGACACAGUUUGGCUGCCUAUGUAGCUACCCUAGAUGAAGACAAUCUGAAAAAGUUGACAUCCAAAAUUACACAAGACUGUCAACUAUGGCUUUCAAGAUUGUUCAGGUUUCCAGAUUCCUCUCCAUUUUAUCAUGAGGAACAUAGAGAUGGUCUGGUUAAGAUAUGUAGAAUGGCCCUGUAUCAGAAGUACCCUAAAUACCCUGUAGAAGGGUUCGAGGCCCUCUACUCCAGACCCCCGGUUAUAUACAUCAGCUCUGCAGCCAUGCCAGGCCUCAGCAACUACCUCUGUUUACAGUUGGGAUUACCAUUGUCAUCCAUUUGUAAUGUCCCGUGCUCCACAGAGACUGGCACAACCAGCAUUAUGGAUGUACAGAUGUUGGAGAAACUGAUUCAAGAUGACAUUGCCGCUGCCAAAACCCCCGUGUUGUUAGUGGGAUUUGCAGGUUCUCCCCAUUUGGGAUCUGUGGAUGACCUGUAUGAGUUAAGAAAAAUUUGUAAAAACCACAAGAUCUGGCUCCAUGUGGAAGGAAACAACCUUGCCAUCCUGGCCACUGUAUCCGUACCAUCUGCAGUAGAGCCUGCCACGUCUGGAGACAGCAUGACACUACGUCUAGGAAAAUGGAUCGGAAUCCCUGGACUUCCAUUUAUUACACUAUAUAGAAACACUGACCCUGCGUUGGAGCUUGCAGCAGGUCUGAACUCCUUUAACCCGCAACUGAAGCUGAAUUGUCUGCCCUUGUGGAUUGUCCUCCAGAGUUUGGGGCAUGAUGGGAUUGUUGACAGAGUCAAGCACUGUUGUAAACUGGCAGAUAAAUUGCAUGAAAUCCUAGAGAAAGUCCCUACCAUUAAGGAGAUUGGAGAAGGAAAAGAGGAGACACCUGAGGCAAAGUCCAUCAGAGAUCUCAUAUUUGUGGCCAUUGAUGCACUGUUUGUUUUCAAGAUGGCCAGUCCAACUAUUGUGUUCAAAUAUGUAGAAGACGCUACAGCAGGUGCCGUGGAGAUAGCACCAUAUUCACCUGUUUCUUCACAAGAAGAUAUAGAAGAAAAAGAGAAAUUGAAAACAUAUUAUGAUGCACUUAAUUCAUGGCUGUGUGAUACUCUGUAUUUGGAAAAUCCCAAUGUUGAUGUGGAACUGAUCGAUGUAGAGAAUGAAGGAAACUGUAUUAAGUUCUCUCCCCUUGAUACAUCACAAGUGAAGGGUACAGUUGAAGAGGAUAUUGAAAAGUUUGGAGAAAGUUUAAAAAAGCAACUAGUAAUAUUAGAUGCUACCGUUCUACACAGAGACAGGUUUUGUGCAAUUGUGGAAGCUCAAGAUAAUCUUCGCAUUGUGGAGGUUCCAAGCUGGGCUGGUUUAGGGGUGGUGCAAUAUAUGCCUGAAGAGUGGAGAGAGAGUAUGACAGAUUUACCAGACAAUGCCAAACGUGAGAUUAACAACAUCAACACUGAGCUGGUGAAGAAACUUCAUUCCAAAGACACAGCAUUCUCUCUAGGUUAUAAUGAUGAGAAUAUCGGUUGUGUGAAGUUUGGCCUGAUAACAGACGACACUGAUUUGGAGGAACUGAUUGGCCUGGUGUACUCACUGGGGAAAGAGAUAGAGGAAUCUUCUAAGUUCUUGGAGAAAUUAGCUGAAAAGGUGCAGAAAGGAAUAGAAGAAGCAAAUAAAGAAUUACAUAAGGAAAUGGAUGAGAAGCUCAUGCAUGAGGGUGUCCUAAGACAAGUGCCAUGGGUUGGUUCCUUAUUAAACUGGUGGUCUCCUCCACCAAAAGAUGCCGUGAAAGGACGCACAUUCAGUCUCAGCUCUGGCACUAUGGCCAGCACGGAGAAGACCUACAAAUACCACAUGCAAAUCCAGGAAGAUGAGGCUCCUCCCCCAGCCUCCCCCUCCCCAAACCAGCCAAUGAAUUCAUAUAAAGAUGCCCUAAAACCGGUAAAAAUUCAAACCAAGUCUGCUGGUGAUGUCAAAGCUAACCUCACUCAACAAUUUAACUCUCCCUCCUCUCAGAGUUCCACUCCCAGCUCACCACAACCAGACACAAACUCCAUGAAAGCACAGUCUACAGACAACCAGCAGUCUCCUGACUUGAAGUAAAAUAACAUUCCUAUUUCAUUCCAUAUGAGGCUGUGAUAAGGUCAAAUUCUCUGUACAAAAAAACAUUACAAAAAAAUCUUUUAAAAAAGGCUUAAAAUGAUGGAUGUUUGAGGUUUGUGUUGUGGAUAUUCAACUACCACUCGUGACUUCUCUCGAUAUGCUUUUAAUAUUGUUGUUGCAGUUUAUAUUUUACACCUCAACAAAAAUGUCCCUUUUGAAAUAUAAAAAGAAAAAAUCAACCUUAUUGUGACAUUAUUUACAAAGGUUAUCUUAAUAGGAAACAUAUAUUACAUGUAUAUGUUCACAAUCAUUUUUAUUUUGAAGGAAUCAACCUCAUGUACAAUUGUUAUGAAACAUAAGUUGAGCCAUGUUAUUAAAUAUUUGCUAAUUUAUUUGUAAUUUAUAUAUUAUAUUCAUGAAAACAGUGGAAUAUCAUUGUAUAGUUAUUUAUUUUGUUGUAUUGUGUUCUGUUUGUCACCUACUUAGAUGUCAAUAGUCUGAAUUCCAUCAUAUGAUUCUAUAUCAUUUAACUUGUAUAUGUGAAGUAUGUCCCAUAUGUAUUUUUUUAUUUCUUAUUUUGUCAAUCAAAGCUCUAGAUGUAUAUAUGUACUGGGUUUACUCUUUUUAUAAUUUUUUUUUAACGGAUGCAUUUUUGCUGAUUUUAGAUUCUCCAGUAUCUGAAAUCCAUUUUCGUUUUGACGUCAUGUCUUUGUGAUAAAAAUGGUAUGUUAUUGUCCAUAUACUUUCCCUUCAAGUACACCAGAUAUGUAAUGAAUAAACUUCUUGCAGUUAUUGACCUCUCACCCAUUUUCAGUGGUCAGAGGUUGAAAUGUAUGCCUUUUGGAUCGUGAACAUAGUCACCACAUUGUAAUACACAUACUACUUAAGGGGCAGAUAGUCCAGUGUUAAUCAAAGGAAAAUAUUUUCCCCAAAAAUUCUUUUUAAAGAACUUGUUCAGCUGUGCAUUUUGAUGCAAUGAAGUUUCAGUUUUAGUGGAUGCAUACAUAUACUGUCAUUCAGAAUCUCAGAAAAAAAUCUCUCAGAAUAAUUUGUGUAUAAAUGUUGUGGGAUAUUAGGCAUAUCAUUAAUGUUAAGGUAUACACGGUUAAACCCCGUUAUCUUGAGCUCAGUGGGACUGAGGAAAACUUUGAGAUAUCAGAGGGUUCGAGAUAUUGAUAUUAAAAUACAUGAAGAAAAUGUAGUUGGGACUUUCAAAUCACUUUGACUUAUCAAUGGUAUUUGGGAUUUCGAUGUUUGAGAUACUAAAUUAACUGGAGGUUUAUUGUGUAUUUGUUCGAGUGUCCUCGACUCUGUGGGGGUAUGUUCAUGUGGUAUAUUGUUAUCAGUGCAACGGAAAUUAUAUAUGAGUCGUAAUGGUCAGGCAAACAUAUUGCCAAGAGAGGUAACUCUGUAAUGGAUGCAUGUUAUUAACCCAUUAAAGACUGGAAAAAUC